GGGGCCGGGGGCGGGGCCAGGGGCGCCGCGGACCCCGCCCCCCUGCGCUGGCGAAGCCGCCGCCAGAGCGCUGACCCGGGAGUCCGAGACGGCUCCGGCGUGCGGGACCCCGAAGACGCGGUCAUGCCGGGCGGGGCCGAGGCAGGGGAGGCCGAGGAGGAGGCUGGGGCCGGCUCCGGGUCCGAGGCGGAGGAGGACGCGCUGUGGGAGCGGAUCGAGGGCGUCCGGCACCGGCUGACGCGCGCCCUCAACCCGGCCAAGCUCACACCGUAUCUGCGCCAAUGCCGGGUCAUCGACGAGCAGGACGAGGAGGAGGUGCUGAGCACCUACCGCUUCCCGUGCCGCGUCAACCGCACCGGGCGCCUGAUGGACAUCUUGCGUUGCCGCGGGAAGAGGGGCUACGAGGCCUUCCUGGAAGCCCUGGAGUUCUACUACCCCGAGCACUUCACGCUGCUCACGGGCCAAGAACCUGCCCAGCGCUGCUCCAUGAUCCUCGAUGAGGAAGGGCCCGAGGGCCUGACCCAAUUCCUGAUGACAGAGGUGCGGCGGCUGAGGGAGGCUCGCAAGAGCCAGCUGCAGCGGGAGCAGCAGCUGCAGGCCCAGGGCCGGGUGCUGGAGGAAGAGCGGGCAGGGCUGGAGCAGCGGCUUCGGGAGCAACAGCAGGCUCAGGAGCGCUGCCAGCGGCUGCGGGAGGACUGGGAGGCGGGGAGCCUGGAGCUGCUGCGGCUUAAGGACGAGAACUACAUGAUUGCCAUGCGUCUGGCACAGCUCAGUGAGGAGAAGAACUCGGCCGUGCUGCGCAGCCGGGACUUGCAGCUGGCGGUGGACCAGCUGAAGCUCAAGGUGAGCCGGCUGGAAGAAGAGUGCACACUGCUGCGCAGGGCCAGGGGGCCGCUCCCUGGGGCCGAGGAGAAGGAGAAAGAGCCGGACAGCGCGGACCUGGUUUCCGAGCUGCGCGCGGAGAACCAGCGGCUGGUGGCAUCGCUGCAGGAGCUGCAGGAGGGCCUGCAGCAGGAGGCAAGCCGGCCAGGGGCCCCAGGCUCAGAGCGCAUCCUCCUAGACAUCCUGGAGCAUGACUGGCGGGAGGCGCAGGACAGCAGGCAGGAGCUGUGUCAGAAGCUGCACACCGUGCAGGGGGAGCUGCAGUGGGCCGAGGAGCUGCGGGACAAGUACCUGCAGGAGAUGGAGGACCUGCGGCUGAAGCACCGUACGCUGCAGAAAGACUGUGACCUGUAUAAGCACCGCAUGGCCACCGUCCUGGCCCAGCUGGAGGAGAUCGAGAAGGAGCGGGACCAGGCCAUCCAGAGCCGAGACCGGAUCCAGCUGCAGUACUCACAGAGCCUCAUCGAGAAGGACCAGUACCGGAAGCAGGUCCGGGGCCUGGAGGCCGAGCGGGAUGAGCUGCUGACUGCGCUCACCAGCCUGGAGGGUGCCAAGGCCCUGCUGGAGGUGCAGCUGCAGCGGGUCCAGGGUGGCCCCUACCUCAAGGCCUGCGCCUCUUCCCAUUCCCUGUGCUCCAACCUCAGCAGCACCUGGAGCCUGAGCGAGUUCCCCUGCCCGCUGGGAGGCCCUGAAACAGCGGGGGAGGCGGCUGUCACAGGGGGAUCUGAGCCCCACACCUCGGAGGAGGCCACGGACAGCGAGAAGGAAAUCAACCGGCUCUCCAUCCUGCCCUUCCCCCCCAGCGCGGGCUCCAUCCUCCGCCGGCAGCGGGAGGAGGAUCCCGCACCCCCUAAGAGGUCCUUUAGCAGCAUGUCGGACAUCACAGGGAGUGUGACGCUUAAGCCCUGGUCCCCUGGCCUCUCCUCGUCCUCGUCCUCCGACAGCGUGUGGCCUUUGGGAAAGCCGGAGGGCCUUCUGGCCAGAGGCUGUGGCCUGGAUCUCCUCAACAGGUCUCUGGCCAUCCGACUGUCUGGCUGGAGCCCCCCGGGGGGGCCUGAGCCCCAGGACAAGGGCCUAGAUGGCCUGUCGUUCCUCGGGGACAGCUGGUCUGGGGCUGUCGUUCGGAGGGUGCUCUCUGGGCCAGGAUCGGCCAGGGUGGAACCAAGAGAGCCAAGGGCAGAGGCAGCUGGCUUGGAGCGGGCAGUCCUGGAAGGCGAGGCCCAGCAGAGAACCUUGCCCUGGAACCAGACAUCCACACUCCCUCUGAUGGACUUCAAGGCCUGCCAGUCCUUCCAUGAGGCCCUAGACGCCUGGGUGAAGAGGCCGGGGGCUGAGCCCUUCUACAUUCGAGCCAACCUCACCCUGCCUGAGCGGACCGACCCCCAUGCCCUGUGCGUGAAAGCCCAGGAGAUCCUGCGGCUGGUGGACCCGGCGUACAAGCGGCGGCAGGAGUGGUUCUGCACGCGGGUUGACCCCCUCACGCUGCGGGACCUGGACCGGGGCACUGUGCCCAAUUAUCAGAGAGCCCAGCAGCUCCUAGAAGUUCAGGAGAAAUGCCUGCCCUCCAGCCGACACCGGGGGCCCCGCAGUAAUCUGAAGAAGCGAGCCCUGGACCAGCUGCGGCUGGUGAAGCCCAAGCAUGUGGGGAGUCCUGCUGGGGACUCCCCGGAGCAGCUGCUGCUGGAGCCCUGCUCAGAGCCAGAGCGGAGCCUCAAGCCCUAUAGCCUGGUACGGCCCCUGCUGGUUUCUGCCCUGCGGCCCGUGGUGCUCUUGCCUGAGUGCCUGGCGCCCAGGCUCAUCCGCAACCUCCUAGACCUGCCCAGUUCCCGGCUGGACUUUCAAGUGUGCCCAGCAGAAAGCCUCUCUGGGGAGGAACAGUGCACAUCGUCAGCGCCCGGAGCCCCCAAGGCCCGACCUGCCACCCCUGGGCUGGGCAGCAGGAUCCGUGCCAUCCAGGAGUCUGUCGGGAAGAAGAAGCACUGCCUGUUGGAGCUGGGUGCUCGGGGCGUGCGGGAGCUGGUCCAGAACGAGAUCUACCCCAUCGUCAUCCACGUGGAGGUGACUGACAAGAAUGUCCGGGAAGUCAGGGGUCUGCUGGGCCGGCCGGGCUGGCGGGACUCAGAGCUGCUGCGGCAAUGCCGAGGCUCGGAGCAGGUGCUCUGGGGGCUGCCCUGCUCCUGGGUGCAGGUGGCGGCCCACGAGUGGGGCCACUCAGAGGAGCUGGCCAAGGUGGUGCGUGGCCGCAUCCUGCAGGAGCAGGCCCGCCUCGUGUGGGUGGAGCAUGGCAGCGGCAGAGGCGGCUGCGGCAGCAGCAGCGAGGCCUGAGGAGUCCCCUCCGACGCCUGUGCGUUCCUCACGCACUUCAGAAACGGCCCCCGGCGGCGGGGACCCUGGUGUGUGCAGUGGAGCUGGGUCCUCCCCAUCCUGAGCCUUCCUAGACCCUGAGACGCUCGGCGUGGGGCCCUUGGCUCUGGGCUCCGGGCUCUCUCACCCGGAGGAGCCCCCGGGGCAGAGCUCCCUCCCAUCCCUGUACUUGCUGCUCUGGGCCUUCCUGUGGCCCCGUGUCUCCACGGACCCAUCUCAUGGGUCUCAUGCACACGUCUGUGUCCUCUCCCUCGUCGCUCACCUUGGAGCAUCUGCGUUCUCACCCCUGUGCACUGGUUUGCACACCCAAGUUCCCAUGGGGCCGGCUCGCGUCUGCCCCUCCCCCUGGCACACGGGGUCUCCGGGCUCCACAGCCUCUUCUGCUCACAGGAGCCCUGAACCCGUCAUGCGUGGUGCCCACCCGUCCAGCUCACAUCUCUUGCGUAUACCUCCACGGGGGCGUUGUGGCUUCCCGGGUCCACUGUCACCUGUGCCCCUCGUGUCUUCCUGUCACACGUGUGUCUGUGGUUCUCCCCUGUGUAAAUAUCAUGCCCCCACCCCCGUGACCCUUGGGCACUGACCCGCGUGUGUUCCUGGUGAGCACGCCCAGGACCAUGUUCUCACGGCGCCUGUACCCGGCCCUGCCUCCUGGAGGGACGGCCGGGGAGGGGGCCGGCUGCCCCGUUACCAGAAUGUACAGCUCGUAGAUUUUUAACGGGCCUUUUUCACUUAGAAGCUGCACAUCAUGGAGCAUUAAACAGUUUGUCAUAGAA